UGCUACACAGUUAAUGUAGCUUCACACAUCACAGAGUGGAGUUCAUCUGUGGAGAUUAUCUGGAUCAACAGAACUAGAAUGUUAUCUGUACAGCUCUUUGUAUGGAGGGUAUACUGUACACAGCUUGUAAUGAAGCUGUUGGUCUCAUCAGGAUGUCUGUUACUGUCCAGACUGCAGUGUGUCAUCAGAGAGCCAGCAGGGGGCAGCAUGCUGUUAUUUUCAUGGAUUUGGAUCAGGGAGAGUUCACAGAAAUCACGUGACUGAAGCUGAAGGAUGCAAAAUGAGAGGCCUCUUCAUUAGGAACACUGUUUUUAUUACAUUUUAUUACCAGUGUUUGAUUAAAAUGAUGUUCAAUAUAUUUCUGUUUGUUUUUAACAAUAUAUGGUGCUUCUAAUUAAAAUGUGUUAUUAUUAUCAUUAUCAUUAUUAUUAAUAUUAUUAUUAUUACUAUUAUUCACUUUGUAACUGCAGUUAGUUUAAAUUUAAACAUUAAUGAGGUGUAAACACUCAUGUGUUGAUCUGAUCUUCACUUCUGUCACUCAUAAACUGUAAACUCAGUCUCAGUGCAGCCGUGUGAGAGUUUAGUUCUUCACACAGAUAACAGAAGUGAAGAGGAAAACUUUGUGGUAUGUGGUUCACAUACUUCUCUUCCGGUGUGACUGUUUAAUUGGACUGUGACUGCAUGAAUUAUAAUGCUUCAUCCGAGACACUCAGUCUGACUUUGUUCCAGUAUCAACUGCAACAACACAGCCAUGGGGAAAGGACACUCCAAAUCUCAUGGGUCUAAACCACUUCCACUUCUCAGUAAACCAUGGAGGGAAGUUAACUGGGGAGACAAUCGGAGCGCUUUGCAGAAUGUGAAGAACUACAAACCUCAUGUUGAAGGUCAGCAGAUCAGGAUUCUUCUUCAUGGACCAGUUGGAGCUGGAAAGUCCAGUUUCAUCAACUCUGUUCAGAGCGUCCUACGAGGCAGUAUGUACACACAGGCUUUGGAGGAUAACAUUGGUCAUGACAGUUUCACCAAAAAGUACACAACCUACAAGAUCCAGAAAGAAGACCCACAGUCCUUCUACCCGUUUGUCUUCAAUGACAUCAUGGGCCUGCAGGUAAAGAAAGGAGUCCAUGUGGACGACGUCAAAUUUGCUCUGAAGGGGCGUGUGAUGGAUGGUUACAAGUUCAAUCCUGAAUCGAAGUUGUCAGAGGAUGAUCAGUUCUAUAACAACUCUCCAGAUGACAAUGACAAAGUGCACGUUCUGGUCUGUGUCGUUCCUGCAAGCACAGUUUCUCAGAUGUCAGACGAAAUGGCGAAGAAGAUUCGGGACAUCAGGAUGGAAGCCAGUGCUCUGGAUAUUCCUCAAGUGGCCAUUGUCACCAAAAUUGAUGAAGUCUGUCCUGAAAUUAUGGAUGACUUAAAGAAUGUCUACAAGGUCGAGUACAUGAAGGAAAAGAUGCAGCAGUUCAGUGCAGGAGUGGGGAUCCCCAUGACGAGCAUCUUCCCUGUGAAGAACUACCAUGAAGAAAUCGACCUCAACAGCGACAUGGACUCACUGAUCCUGAGCGCCAUGAAACACAUCAUCACUGCUGGAGAAGAUCACGUCAACUUCAAGAAGACUCAGUCUGGAUGUUCAGGCACAUGGGCUUAAUCACCUGCAGCAUCUCUAACACAGUCCUGUGCAUGACUUCAUUACUCUUAACUAUGCUUAUCUGUUUGUAUGUGCUUCAGUUUAACUGUGGUAUUAAAUAUGGCUGAUUGAACAGUAAUUGCAGUAAAGUUAAACAAUCAGGAACUCAGUUUGCUGUGGAUCAAUCAGAUUUAAAGUCGAGCUGGAAUGAAAAAUGACUUUUACCAGUUUUAAUCACAUCCACAGUUAAAUUAUUCACCUAUUCAACAACUGUUUGCCAAUAUAAAGACAAAUAUUCAAUUUCCUCUUAUUUUUAGAUUAAAAUUUUAAGAUUUCCAAUAGUAGUGUCUGUGGCUGAGUGCGAUCAAACAGGCCCUAAAAUGGGCCUGGAAAAGUCGGCAGCUGCUAUCAGUCAGAAUCACUCAGAAGAAGUUAAGAUGCUACAAAGAACAUCUGAUUCACACAACUUUCAAUAAUCACCAAAAAUGAUCGUUGAAGUUACUGUAUGUAUAUUUUUGAUCCAGAGGAUUUGGUCACAUUUUCAUAAGACCUAUAAUAAAUGUAUUACUGAACCAAACUUCAUGAAUGUUUUUGUGACAAAGUAGUUUCGUCACAGUAGCUGGACAGAGCUGUCCGAAUCACUGGAACUGAAGACUGACAUGAUGAACAUGUUCUUUACAAGCUGAUGGAAACCUCGACUGUCCGACCUGAACUCCAGAAUAAAUGUUGGCUCAGAACGUUUCUGCAAAUCACAUUUAAGUUCAAACUGGACACUUGUUUUUUCGUUUUCUAUUUCUCUUUUGUCACCAAAGUGUUUAAGCUCUGGAAGACUUAGGCACAAAAAACACUUGGUCAGGGUUAGAAAAGAAGUGGUUUGGAUGUAAACACCUGUUUUGACAGACUCAAACUGCGAUUGACCCCUGAUGUGAAAGUCAGGUAAUAAACGUAACCUUCAUGUGGUACAUUUGGUACAAAUGUCAUUUUGACUGGGCUUGUUUUUCAGAAAGUUUAACUCUGCUGUUUAAAUAUCAAUUAUACCUUCCAGCUGGCUGUGUGACGGUUGAGUGUUUUUGCAGGACCUUAAAGCAAACAACAGGCUGGGGAAGGUUUUGUUAAGGAAAGUCUCCAAAGUCCCUUAUUUUAUUUUGAUAUGUUAUUAUUGCAUAUGAAACUUAACAAAUAGUGAUAUGAGUCUAGUGUGGAAACUCCUCCUGCACGGUUUCUGUCUAACGACAGUUAUAUAGUUUCCAAACAUUUGUGGUUUAAGGCUGUGAAAACUGACCUAAAGAGUAACUUGGUUAAGGAGUUCGUGUUAACUCUUCUGUGUAUAUGUGUUCUGACAAGGCUGAUGGAUGACACACAAACUAUGGAAUGUACGUGUGCUAAGAUUAUGUUUUACCUACUUUGUAUGUGGAAAUAGUGGGAGAGUGUUUUAUUUUAAGUGAGUUCACAUGGAACCUUGUGACUGCUGUGAUUGUGUGAAUUGGUUUCCACUAUUAUAAAGGAUGAGGAGAGACGGCCUCUCUUCAGUUAUCAUCCACGUGCUGCUGAUGUGGGACUGUU